AUGUCCUCGAAGUGGCAGCUCUUCAUAGCCACGGAUAUUGACAUGGCGGAAUUUUCUGCGGCGGGUGGCACCGUUCCGUCAUGGAUCUUGAAUCAGGCCAACCCGAAUUGCGACACGUGCGUCGAGUCGCUCACUCGCGCGCACUGGCGAUUGCAGGAGAAGACGGAAAUGAGGAGGAAGUACGAGAACCUAGAAGCGCAUAAUACCCGGAUUGAGUUCAGCUAUGUGAACCACGUGUCUCUGUCUGAGCGCACGAUUGAGCGCCUCGAGAAAGCCUUGAAGGAAACCCUUGAGGCGAAGAAAGCGGAGCUGGAAAAGUCUACAGCGCUUGAGAAGCAGCACACAGACCUGGCAAAGAAAGUCGAAGAGGCUCAGGCCAGGGUCCAUGAGAUAGUCGCGAAGAGCCGGGAAGAGUUCGAAAAAGAGAAAAGGAGCUUACUUGCACAGCUCUCUGACAAAAUUAACGAGCUGAAAAGCGAGAAAGAACAUAAAGGGCUCCUCUUGAUGAAGGCCAUGGAACAGAACGCCGAAAUUGAGAAGGUUCGCGAGGAGAAGGCUCAACUCGAACGAACCAUGUCGCACCUCCAUGAAGAGAUAGAGAAUAAGCUUUGUGCUGAGGUCAAGGCCAAGGAUCAGAAGAUCGAGUGGCUAAAGCAGAUCUUCAAAGAGCGCGAAGAGCAACAUGAACAUGAACGUAGGCAGGCCACAAAGGCCAGAAGUGACCUCAUCAACAGGUUUCAGGCCCCAACGCCAUCAAGAGUUGCGUCGCCUCUUCAGACGUCGAACAGGGACACUGGUUCAGUUUCAGCACGGAAUUCUUUAAAACAAACUCCACAGGUCCAACAGCAGGCUUCUCAGAACGAUUGUGGUAGAAAUAUCGAGAAUUCGAUCACCGCUUCGCAGAAUGGCCUACCUGCCUCCCGUCGCAACAGCAUCUCCACCAACAUACCCCAACUUCCCUCCGCUACAACACCACUGCAGACCGGCCGAAGAUACAAGAACGUUCUCACAAUGACAACUCCAUCUAAUGGCCACCAGAAUGAGGCUGAACAAAAUACAACGCCAGGUUUGGGACAUAACAGGAGUCAACAUAGUGCUUCUGCAUCAAUCUCUACUCCCAGUACUCUGCAAACCGUGAAUUUGCAGUUGGCUACUGGAUUCAACACUCCACAAGAUAAUGCGAAUCAGCACCAGCAGAUGCUCCAGCAGUGGCUCGUGGGCAAUUCUCUCAAGGAGGCUCAAGUCCGUUUCGCGUCUGGUCAGGCAACUGACCUGGAUCUUGUACUACUAAGCGAUGACCCAGGCUUACGAUCAUCGGCGAUGCAGGAGCACUUCAACGCUACGAUGAGUAGCAUCCAAGGAAUUGCUAUUCAGAGGGAGAUUCGCGAAUCCAUGCGACGUUUCCAGGCUCAAAAGCAGCAAAAUGCAGUGAAGAUGGACUUCACGACGCAAUCCCAAUAUUCCCCUAUAAUGUCAAGCCCUGUCUGCAGUGAGGAUCUACUUCCCAGCUUUAAUCAUCAUGGAAUUGUGUCAACGGGAACCCUACAGAAUGACAGCCUUCAAAAUGGUGCCACUUCUGUCAUGCAGAGUCAGACACAAACGCAGGCGCUUCCUCCUCGACGCUCGCCACGACUUCAGAAGUCUCACCUAGCAUAUGCGUCACUCGACAGGCAAAAUGCAGUUCGCAUGCCAAACCCGACGCAUCGAACACCAAAGCUCUUAAUCCAAACGGAGGCUCUCCACGGUACGGACGCAAUUCGACGUACCACAAAUACAAACGUAUCAACACCAGGUUUGCCGCAUAAGCCAGGUCCCAACGAUGAGUGGAACUCGCCAGUGAUUCCUAUGAAUCAGUUCCAAGGAACUAUGCCCACGUUCCAGCCGCCAAAUCCAAACACGUUGCUCCAGCAGUCGGUCAAUUCUGGCUCUAAGCAUAUCGAUAAUAGUCUCGAGACCUUGGGAGAGUCAAGCCGCUUCAUGAACAACGAGAAUGGCUUAUCUCAGUCGAACGGCCAGGGGUCUCAACAGAGUGGUGACCGCCGUCCGCAGACUGUGAUUGCUGGGGGGUGUUACCUUCCUCAUAUCGAACAGCAUACGACCCAAGUGCAUCCAUCCUCCCAAAACCUGGCGCCCACUCGACCCUUAUCCCGCGCCGCAUCUUUAUCUCCUUCGCGGUCUCCAUAUCGAGCUAACGUACGAGCCGGGACCCGAAUUAGUCAACCAAAAGACAUCCCCGACGGCGGACACCGUGGUGUGGUCUGCAAAAAUUGUCACCACGAAUGGUGGAAUACGUGGUGCGACGAGGAGAAGAAUGACACUUGCUACAACUACUGGAAGAACGGGGUCGACUGCGAGCGUCCUCACUGUCCAGGUUUCAAAAAUUGCAAGAACCCAAAUUGCAAGAACCCCAGGUGCAAGGCGGCUCAUGAACGCGACGGCUUUGUGAAUACGUUCGAGAUAGAAAACAAGAGAGCAAUGAAGCGGAAGAACAAGAUGACUGACGAUCACGAUGAGCCACCACGAAAGAAGAUGAAAGACCAAGGUGGCGAUCUGGAAUGGGAGGCGGGAGGCGUUCGCGAACCAAGCGGAGAUCAUUAA